AUGGUUUGUCUCGGCAAACAACAACGGAAGUUAUAUGAUGCUAUGCCUAUUGAAAGUCAAAUAUUUGGAAAGACAGAUGGUUAUUUAACUUUAGUUCGUAGGUUUCUUAUUUGUUCCCAGCGUAUG